CCUUUACUUCCUGUUUAUUGACAGUAACUUGAUCAACUUUGUGCAGUGAUAUUGUAUUGAAAAAAUGUGCAACACAAAUUCGCGACUCGACGGAAAGACCGUUGUUAUCACUGGAGGAAGCUCUGGCAUAGGUUUCGAAGCGGCUAAGCAUAUCGCACACAAAGGAGCUAAAGUUAUAAUAGCCAGUAGAAACGAAACAAAACUUAUCCGAGCCAGAGAUCGAAUACAGCAAGUAACGAAAAACCCAAACGUUUCAUAUAAAUUGUUGGACCUAGCCUCUCUUAAAUCACUGCGAAAUUUCGCCAGCGAUAUACAGAGUGAAGAUAAACUAGACGUGUUAAUAAAUAAUGCGGGUGCUGUUGGAUUAUCUGAUCGCUUAACUGAAGACGGACUUAACCUAACUAUGCAAGUGAAUUAUUUCGGCUCGUUUCUAUUAACGUACCUUCUGCUGCCUUUGUUGACCAAAUCAGCACCGAGUAGGAUUAUUAACAGUUCAGCAUCGUCAAUGUAUGUUGGACAUUUGGAUUAUGAUCAUUGGAAUGAUAUUGGACGGUACUCCGCAGUAGAAGUGUUGGCGAACUCCAAAUUAGCGGUAGCCUUAUUCACGGCAGAAUUAGACAAUAUAUUGAAGGAUACUGGAGUGACGGCAAACACAUUUGAUCCAUUUGUCGUGCGUGAUACAGAUAUAUUGGACAACGUACCAGAAUUGAUUCGAAACGUGUCGCAAAUAUUUGUGAAUUUAGUUGGGCAGCCCAAGGAGGACGUUGCGAAAGAAAUAUUGUUCCUAGCGGCUGACCCAGAGAUUGGUAGCGUUAGUGGUGUGCAUUACAAAUUUUGCCGAGAGUGGAUAAAUCACUGGCUGACAUACGAUACUGAGAUAACUAAGGAGUUGUGGAAUCAGACGAGGAAAAUUUUAAAUAUCACAGCCAACGUAGAUUGGGAAUAGACAGCAAAAAAGCUGGUAAUGAACGUUUUGAAUAACGUUUUUGCUAUAAUGAAAAAAGCAAAAGCAUUUUUUUAAUAAUUGUGCUUUUGGUUGAUUUAAUUUGACAUAGAUAAGUACAAUUGCAAUAUAAACACAGACAUAGGCUAAAUCUAAUGAUUAUUUAUCUAAUAAGUGGAGAGGAGCAUUUCUGGUAAAAAUGUUUGCUCGUAAUGGUCAGAUCAUUAUGUCAGUCACACUCAUCUCGCUUCCGUAUGAAUUGCGCAAAUAUCCGAUAUGUGGUCCCAAGUUAUAAGAGACAAAUUAAUAAUACAUUUUUGAAUGACUUUUCUAUCAUUUUUAAACAUCCUUCGUCAUUGUGAAAUAUAUGAAUACUCAAAAUAAAUUAAGUAUUAAGU